AGUGUCCACCAUGCUUCCGGCAGGUCGCCGGCCACGUGCUCUCUAUACGCUGAGCCUUCCCUUCCACAUGCCCAGAUGAGUCUACACCAGCCCUAAUUUUCCACCCCUUUCUUCUAUUUCUCUCUUUCUUCACCUCACCACUUCUCUUCUAAUCUCUCCCUGCGCAGAACUCCGGCUUUUCUCUCGGUUUCACUUGCUGUAGAAGAUCAUGGUCUCCGAGGUUCCUUCACAACCGGUUAUUGAAACUGAUGUUGCAGUUGUGGCUUCUGUAUCUAGGCAAUGUCCUGGCAAAAAAAAUCCGGUGAAAGUUCCUAAGAAAGUUCAUAAGGCAGAGAGGGAGAAGUUGAAGCGAGGGCAUUUAAACGAUCUCUUCCUUCACCUCGCAAAUGUCCUUGAGCUAACAGUACCGAACAAUGGGAAGGCGUCCAUUUUGUGUGAAGCAAAUCGACUGCUGAAAGACUUGUUUGGUCAGAUUGAGUGCCUCAGAAAGGAGCAUGCAUCGUUGUUGACAGAAUCUAGAGAUGUUGACAUUGAGAAGAAUGAGCUGCGAGAAGAGACUUCUGCUUUAGCAUCUCAGAUUGAGAAGCUGCAAAGUGAGUUACAGUCAAGGGCCGUGCAUUCUAAACCCGACUUAAAUACCACCCGACCACAAGCACAUUUCUCACAGGAAUGCCUUGGAUUGCCUGUUAUGGAACCCACAAUGCAGCAAACACACGCCGUUAUUAUCGUCCCCAUGCGACCGGAUCUCCCAUCUUAUCCAGCAGCGGAUGCAACUCAAGCCCCAACAAUGGCUACCUCACAUGUAAGCAAACCACAUGCCAGAUAUCCAACACAAGCAGAUUCCUGGCCUGCUGGGCUUCUCAAGUUGUCACAAACAACAGAACAACCAAGUAAAGAGUUUUUAACCAUUGGUUGCAAGAGCAUUACGGAUAUUAUGGGUUAAAGAGGCCCUGAAAGAACUGAGAGCUGAUCUUUGUAGUGACCUCUUUUGUAGAUAAUUUGUAGUAUAAAUUUGUCUCUAGGAUGUUGGAUUCGAACAAGUUAAUGAAUCUGCAACUGGGUUCUGUAUCUUCUCCGAAAAACACUGCUUCAUUUCCCUGUUUUUCAAGCUCAUUCAAUCUGGAUGUA